CCACGCCCCUGCGUUUCUUGGAGUCAAGCCGGAGCUGGGACGGCCUGGCCCCGUUCCUGGGUCAUCAUGGCUGUGUCCGCCCAGCUCUUGGUGCAGGAGUUGCAGAUCUUCGGCCUAGAAUGCGAAGAGGCUCUGAUUGAGAGAUUGGCAGAGCUGUGCAUUCUAUACGGGCAGAAUGAGGAGGGGAUGGUGGGCGAGCUGAUAGCCUUCUGCACGAGCACUCGCAAAGACUGCCUCACCUCAGAGGUCCUGACUUUUGAACAUGAGUUUCUGAGCAAAAGGCUGUCCAAAGCUGGGCACACUGCCUCCAGGGACAGCGGGCACGCAGGAGCCAGAGACAUUGUUUCCAUACAAGAGCUAAUUGAAGUGGAGGAGGAAGAGGAGACCCUCUUGAACUCUUACACCACCCCCUCUAAGGGUUCUCAGAAGCGAGCUAUCGCCACCCCAGAAACCCCCCUCACAAAGAGGAGCGUGUCUGCCCGGAGCCCCCAUCAGCUCCUCUCGCCAUCGAGUUUCUCUCCAAGCGCUACUCCCUCUCAGAAAUACAACUCGAGAAGUAACGGAGGAGAGGUGGUUACCUCCUUUGGCUCAGCGCAGGGGGUAUCUUGGUCUGGGAGAGGAGGAGCCAGUAACGUCAGCCUGAAGAUCUUGGGGUCUCCAGAGCCACUAACCAGGAGCUACAAAUUGAUGUUUCAGAAGCUCCUAGACAUUCGAGAAGUUCUGACCUAUAAGAUAGAAGAACUUGGCAGUGAACUCAAGGAACAUUACAAGAUUGAGGCUUUUACUCCUCUUCUAGUCCCAGCACAAGAGCCCGUCACUCUGCUGGGCCAGAUCGGCUGUGACAGCAACGGGAAGCUGAACCAUAAGUCGGUGAUUCUUGAGGGAGACCGGGAACACUCCUCAGGCGCUCAGAUCCCAGUGGAUCUCUCUGAGCUCAAAGAAUAUUCUCUGUUUCCUGGACAGGUUGUGGUUGUGGAAGGAACCAACACCACUGGUAGAAAACUUGUUGCCACCAGACUCUACGAGGGCGUGCCGCUUCCAUUCCAUCAGCCCACUGAGGAGGCUGGAGAUUCUGAGCAGAUCAUGGUCCUGGUGGCCUGUGGACCGUACACCACGUCUGACAGCAUCACAUUUGACCCCCUGCUUGACCUGAUCGCCGUCAUCAACCGAGACCGGCCGGAUGUCUGCAUCCUGUUUGGACCUUUCCUGGAUGCUAAGCAUGAACAGGUUGAGAGCUGUCUACUGACAAGCCCAUUUGAGGAUGUUUUCAAGCAAUGUCUACGAACAAUUAUCGAAGGGACACGAAGCUCCGGCUCCCACCUGGUCUUCGUCCCGUCGCUAAGAGACGUGCACCACGAGCCCGUGUACCCACAGCCUCCCUUCAGCUGCCCCGACCUGCCUCGAGAGGACAAAAAGCGCGUGCAGUUUGUGUCUGAGCCCUGCACCCUCUCCAUAAAUGAAGUGAUCUUUGGCCUGACGUCCACCGAUCUGCUGUUCCACAUGGGGGCUGAGGAGAUCAGUAGUUCUUCUGGAACUUCAGACAGAUUCAGCCGAAUACUCAAGCACAUCCUGACCCAGAGGAGCUACUACCCACUCUACCCGCCCCAGGAGGACGUGGCCAUUGACUACGAACAUCUCUAUGCCUGUGCACAGCUGCCCGUCACCCCAGAUGUCUUCAUCACCCCUUCCGAGCUGAGAUACUUCGUGAAGGAUGUCCUUGGCUGCAUCUGUGUGAAUCCCGGGCGCCUCACCAAAGGACAGGUAGGGGGCACCUUUGGCCGACUCUACAUCAGGAGGCAGCCGGCAGACAGUGGCGAGGGGAGGCGGAGUCCGUGUGCUGCCGCCCAGGUGGUCAGAAUCUGAGGCUCGGCCCUUUGCAUCUCCCACCGUGCGGGCCUCCAAGACAUCUAAAGCCUGGGAGCAGCCCUCCAACAAGAUCCCGCCCGUGGAAGGAGAGGAGGCAGCCAGCUGGGGAGGAGAGGGCCGCGGGCAGCGGGCCCAGCGGGAAGGCCUGGAGCAGCUGGACCUCCACCCUGAGCUGGACUUCUCUAGAAGAAAGCUAUUGUUUCGUCAUGGACACGUGGAGUCCAGAGUGAAUUGGCCGUGGAUGCAACACAUUCAGGAAAGUCAAGGCUUUGCAGUUUCCUACAUUAGUCAGACACAGAAACAACUUUUGGAGAAAUGAAAAUAAAUUCUGUAACUUCUGAGUC